GGCAAGACAAAGAAUAGCCGUCAGUAUCCACCUUACGUGUUCCGAAGCAUGUCUCUCGCUCUUAGAUAAGGAUAACAGCAAAAUCAUAAAAAAUGGAGGGCAGACUCUUCGCGGCCACCAUCGCAACCGUAGCCCCACAAUUCAAGUUCAAGGCCAAGCCGAUUAUAGAAAACUUAGUGUUCAAGCUCCACUACAAGGCCACGGUGACCCUUCUGGUGGUAUUCGUGAUCCUGGUAUGCGCUAGAGAGUUCUUCGGAGACCACAUCAAGUGCAUAUCGGACCAGGGCGUGCCGGACCAUGUUAUACAGACGUACUGCUUCUUCAUGGCCACUUUUACCAUCGUUCGCCACUACAACGAGAGCCUGCUUCAAUCAGGGUUCCUUCCGCAUCCUGGAGUGGGUCCUUUAAGUGAUGACGAUGAGACCCUCCACCACACCUAUUACCAGUGGGUUCCGUUCGUGCUCUUCCUGCAGUCCAUAUCCUUCUACAUGCCGCAUUACAUUUGGAAGAAGAAGGAAGGUGGUAGAAUAAAAGCCUUGGUGGACGGUCUCCAGUACGCCAGCAUAGCAAUUCAAGAUGGCAACGACAUGACUGUCGCUGGCAAGACGGUGCCGUCGCAGAAGAGCUUGGACAAGAAACUGGAUAUCAUCAGAAAGGAUAUCAUUAUGAGACUAAGAAUAACCAGAACCUGGUCAGUCUGGCUCGUUGCCAUGGAGAUAGUGAACAUGCUGCACGUGAUCCUGCAGGUCUACGUCGUUAACUGCUUCCUAAACGGCCAGUUCAUGGAUCUCGGGCCCAAGGUCAUAGGCUUUGGGAACUGGGACUUUAUCGCUGAUCCGUUGGAGACUGUGUUUCCUAAGGUAACAAAGUGUAUCUUCCACAAAUACGGUCCAAGCGGUUCCAUACAGCAACACGACGCCCUCUGUGUGAUGGCGCUCAAUAUUAUACACGAGAAGAUCUACGUCAUACUGUGGUUCUGGUUCCUGUUCUUAUUCAUCGUGUCUGUGCUUGCUGUGAUCUGGAGAAUCGGUUCCUUCUUCCUCUACCGCCGUUCCCUGCGGUUCAACGAGCUGAUGUUCCGCCAAGUAACCGGCGGCAAAUUCAACCCAUACAACGUCAUCAGCGUUGUCAACGGAUGCCAGUAUGGGGACUGGCUGUUCCUCUAUUAUCUGGCAAAGAAUAUGCAGGGCUUUAUAUUCAGGGAACUCUUCGCUCGUCUAGCCGAAGAGUUAGAAAAGAGAGACAUGCCGUACCCUCAGAGCGGGCACGAGAAAAAGGGGGCAGAGCCAAUUCUAGUCGGCAGAGUUGACUACGAUGACGAGACACUGCCUUUGAAAGAGAAGACCGCUUUAUGAGCAUUAAGGAACAUUAAGCACAUCAUUAUCUAAUACUGUGUAAUCCAAAUUUGAUAAAAAAACAUGCAUGUAUGGUGAAAACAAUAGGCUAGUUUCCUAUACUUAAAAUAAAAUAUUUUAUGCAGUGCAGGAAAUAAAACACCACAUAAAUAGAAGAAAAAUAUGGACAGUAGUUA